AUGUUUCCCACAAAAGUCAGUGCUCGGCAGACGUGGCGUUGCGCGAGGCCCGUCGUCGGCAGGGUCGCGUGGCAGCCGUGCCGUCGGUUCACGCCGCAGCCCAACGACCUCGCCAGACGGGUCUUCGACGACCCAGACACCUGGCGACAGUACAAGGACAAACGCCCCGGGCUGCCGUUUGGGUUCCACAACUACACCUCGGGCUCGGUGGGCAUGUUUCUGAACCCGUAUCUGAAGCGGCCGUCUGGGCUCCUGGAGUUUUGCAAAGAGUCUCUUCUCCGAGCUCGGCAACUCACCAUAUCCAUCAUAGCAGACGAUUCCGCCGCUGGCCUGCGCCAAUAUAUCAGAAACCUGGAUAGACUCAGCGACAUCCUGUGUCGUGUGAUAGAUCUGUGCGAGUUUGUGCGUGUGGCGCACCCCAACAAGGCGUUUGUUAACGCUGCUGCCGACUGCCACAAGGAGAUGUUUCGGUUCAUGAACGAGCUAAAUACGUCUGAGGAGAUGUAUCUGAAGCUCGAGCGCGUGCUGCACGACCCAGAGCUGAGCAGGGAGCUGAGCAUGGAGGAGAUCAGCGUGGGGAAGCUGCUGUACGCGGACUUCCAGAAGGCUGGGCUCGGGCUCGCCGGCGAGGGCAAGUCGACGUACGUGGAGCUGAGCCAGCACAUUGCCGAGGUUGGCCAGCAGUUUGCAGACGAGGUGUACGAGGUGGAGUCGGCAGAAGUGCUGGUUCCGAAGGCAGAGGUCCAGCCGGGCGAUUUCACACCAGAGCUCGAAAAAUACAUUCACGUGACCACCAAGGGCGUCAAGAUCCCGCUCUAUGGGCACGUUCCGAUGGAGGUUCUGCGGACCUGUCCGAAUAGAGACGUGCGGCGGCGUGUGUGGGUCGCCAUGCACACGGCGAAACCAAUCCAGCUCAAGAGACUGACGCAUUUGGUGAUCUACCGACGGCUUCUGGCUGCGCAGUUCCAGCACGACAGUUUCGGCGCGUAUCAGCUGAACGACAAGAUGGCGCGGUCGCCUGAGAACGUGCGGCGGUUUCUGGAGAAGCUGGCGUUGGAGAUCCGGCCAGAGGUCGAGCAGGAGCUCAAGGUGCUGGCGAAAAGCGUCAACAUAGAGUCCGACCCGAUCAAGGAGAUCAGGCCGUGGGACCGCGAGUAUCUGGCUGCGAGGUAUCUGAGCCGGCAGAAGAGCUCGAGCACCGAAGACAUCAGCGCAUACUUCUCUCUGGGAACCGUUGUGCAGGGUCUUUCUGAUUUAUUCAAAAGCAUUUACGGCAUCGAGCUGCGGCCGGCCAAAGUGCAGCCGGGUGAGGUCUGGGAGCCGAGUGUGCGCAAGUUCGAGGCCACGAGCGACACGGACGGUGUCGUGGGCAUUAUUUAUAUGGACCUGUUCUACAGGUCCAACAAGACGCUGAACCCGGCACAUUUCACCAUCUGCUGCUCGCGAAAAAUAUACCCACAGGAGCUGGACGAAAACGAUCCUUUUAACUUGAAACUGCCCACGGUCCAGACCAAGAAACAUGGCGACGACACGUUCCAGCUGCCUGUGAUCUCGCUUGUGUGCAAUUUCCAGCCCGAACACGUCCACGGGCACGCGGAAAAGUGUCUGCUCUCUCUCGCACAGGUGGAAACGCUCUUCCACGAGAUGGGCCACGCGAUGCACUCGAUGCUGGGGCGCACAAAUCUGCACAACGUCAGCGGAACAAGGUGUCCGACAGACUUUGUGGAGCUGCCGUCGAUUCUGAUGGAGUUUUUCGCCAAAGACGAGCGCGUGCUGCUCUCGUUCGCCCGCCACCACAAGACCGGCGAGCCGCUCCCACCGGCGCUGCUGCGCCGCCACCAGGCAGACCACUCGUUCCUCGACAAGUGCGAGACCUUCAGCCAGAUCAAGAUGGCGUUUUUGGACCAGCAGCUGCACGGAGCAAUCGACUUCAACUUCGACCCUCUGCGCUGCUACCACGACGUCGAGCGCCACUUCGAGGCGUUCAAGGACGACGAGUCGUCGUGGGUCGCCAAGUUCGGCCAUCUGUACUCGUACGGUGCGAUGUACUACUCGUAUCUGUUCGACAGAGUGAUUGCCACGCGGAUCUGGGAGCAUCUGUUUGCGGAAGACCCGUUCUCGCGCACAAACGGCGACAAGUUCAAGAACCAGGUCCUCAGGUGGGGCGGAUCGCGCGACCCGUGGGAGCUCGUGGCCGACGUGCUGGAGGCGCCGGCGCUGCGCCGGGGCGACGCUGCUGCGAUGGAGCUGCUGAGCCAUAACGGCGCGUCGAUCGACGCGCCGACGCACUAG